UUUCUACUCUGCUCGCUAACUUGGUUGGUUGGGUGAAAACCACGUACUUGGUUAUCCCAGCCUUCAGUUCUCUUGCUAAAUCCACGCAGGCAAUAGACAUCCAUCCGGGCACCCUUCAGCAGAACGCCGUCUUUCUCUCUCACUCACUCGCUCUCAGUUUUCUCACUUUAAUGGAAUAAAAUCGUCAAUUUCUUGAACGGAACCGACGCGCAAAGCUUUCUCCAAAAUUUGGUCAGUCUGAAAGAGAGAGACUUCAAGGACGAAAAGCAGGAAAAAGGACAAUCUCCUCGCGUACUUGGUCUUCUUCUGGGUGGACUUGAUAUUUGUUCACUUUGCUUUCACCCAGCUAUCCAUCCACCCAGCCAGCAUCAACACCAAUCCAUCCAUCCACACAAUCCAAACGGCUAAAUGGAGUAAUCCCCGCUUUCUUAUUUCUCCAUCAAUCUUUUCUCCCUUCUUUCCAGUGAAGGAAAAGGGAGCAGUAGUUGCAGAGGCAGAAAGCCUCCAAUUCAAAAGUUGGAGUAGUGCUGGUUGACGACGUACGUACGCUGGGACGUGAGUGAAAGUCAGUUCUCUUAGUCUGCGGACAGACACUUGUUGUUACUUUUUACCAUCCUCCUCCGAGUCAGUGUUGUUUUACACGUUCCACAUCCAAACAAACUUUGCCCACUUGUACAACGUCUCACAGCCUGAAGCCUGUUUUGGGUCAUAAUAAAAAUAAAAGAGGAUUUUCCACAAUCCAGGAAUCAAGACUGAAUUUUCGGCUUAAAGCCCCAAUUUCCUCUCGUUCUUGCUCCAGAGCAAACAAAUCUUUUGUUCCAGGACUCUGCCACCACGCACUGUUUUUCCUUUGUAUAAGAGGACAGGAGUAAACCCAGCCAAACCUGAGUAAGUCAACAGUCAAGUAAGAAAGAAAAGUAUCGUCCAGGCUCUAAUGGCAAUAAAUAGUGUUGCAUGUAUCACAUGGCUUCAGCUGCUGCAUAAUAAUAACUGACACUAAUUCCGGUGAACCUCAUUUGACUUCAACCAGCCAGCAGCCUGCACGUUGGUUGAUAUAUAAAAUUCUUCAAUUAAACCAAGAACUAUAUUCCUUCAUUGAACGCAGGGCUGCCAUUAGUCCAAACUUGGUGACUUCUGGUGCUGAGAGAAAGUCGACUUUCUCGUCGCUCUCGUGAACCCACUCUCAAAAUUGCACACUUAUUAUUAUACAAGCCCCUCGAGCCCAGGACUUGUAGUUAUCUCACUGUGUGAAUAAUACUUAACUUGAACAAAUAACAAACACCAAGCCAAGAGCAAACAUAACACUGUUUUACAAUCCCAAUUUGGAACAUACAUCCACACAGUGUGGGUGGUUGACAUUGAUUUCCUUCCAUAAGGCUGACCGGAAGCUGUUUGGCUCAACGGACGUACGUUGUUUGUUGCUGCUUCUGACAUUUACCAGGCUACGUCAGUUCACAAGUGAUGUUCUAUCCGAAACCCCUUCCAAGAAUCUAAUAACGAAAGACAAGAAGAAGAAUGGAGCGUUUCGAAACAAAAUUCCACCCACACCAAAUGCAUCAUCCACAUCAAAUUGCACACCCUUCCACCCGUCGCCUCUCUUUGGGUCCGACACCCAACAAUCUCGCCCAAAGACGGGCUUCCACCUCCAAUGCACCGAUUCCGGCCACUGGGUCGACAUCCGACUUCAAUCCACAAAACUAUCAUCGUCGACCUUCCGGUCUGACGUUGUUAUACAAACCCAACAAACCUGACAUUGAUCUGGUCCGAGACUUUAAGCAGUCUCUCAACGCCCCCACGACGACGCAAGGAAGAAAAAUGUCUUCUCCUUGCAUAGCCCUCCCGUCAAUGGGACCCUCGCCGAUAGGGCUGGGUUUUGAAAGCAAUGCAUCAUCCCUUCAACAUCAGCGACGAAGAAACUCUUCCUUCGUCCCGCAACCUGCAGCGUCAACAUCCGCCAACAAUAACCAGAACAGACCUGACUUGGAUUUAUGAUGUUUGGGUGGAGGGCGAAAGGUGCGACUCAAAAUUAGCACGGACAACAGCGGAAUCGCAGUUGUGAAUGAUGCCAACAAUUCAAAUAAUAACAAUAUCACCACCAAGCCCAGAACACCAACCCCCACUGUCGCACCUGCCCUCCUGUUUCCAGGCUUCUGUGGUCGAAGGUACUCGGACAGCCAUCAGAUUCUGUUGGCCAAACCGACAAUCGUGAUUUCAGAGGAUGAAAACAACGAAGACGGCGAAACCGGUGGGGUCGCUGCGGGGAUGAAUCGUCGCAGGGCAAAUUCAUACUCACCCAUCAUGCCCAACCCGUCGGGUGGGGACGAGAUUGUUUGCAGCACUGGGGAACUGAUGAAUCUCAAGUGUCUCAGCCGGAGUGCAAUGGAAAUGCGAGCAUUACAGAGCCAUGAAUUUGGACCAGAUUUGGGGACAGCGGCGAGACGGGGAUCUAUGUUUCACGCAUCAACUACGACGACGGGAAAUAAUAACUAUGCAAAUCACCAGCGGUCUCUUUCUUUUGACGAUACCGUUGCCAAAAAGUCUCCCGGAGAGAAAUCCAAUUCCAAUUUACUCACGGGCUUACUCAAUCGUAUCAAAGCUGGAGUUGCCGGCGGUGGUGGUGGCGGCGUGUCCCCACCCAUCGAGACGGACAUUGAGGGCUGUUCAACGUCCACCUCGACGUCGACACAUGCUCCACCCACCACACCGGUGGCGACCACGGUGCUGCUCGACCCGAGUGGGUGUGGUCCAACGAUCACGACAUUAUCACCAACGCCAAUUAGUUCUCCUCGAGUCCCAUCGUCUCAGGACAGGUCUCCAGCAAAUGAGGCGGCUGAGGAGCAAAGGCGUGGGAGUGGUGGUGGCGAUGGAAAGACGGGAAUACCAUGGGACAAUAACACGGGCUACUUUUUGGACGCCUCCAUCCUUGGAUUGGCGAUAGAAAACCAUCUCAAGAAUGGGGAUAAUAAAGGACAGAGACGAAGAGCCACUUUUUGCACAUUAUCCGAGACGAAUGACCAAUUACUGGGACAACCAACUAGUUUAGGAGGACAAACUUUGGGAACUCCGACUAACAGGCCCCGAUCAGCGUCAGCAUACUCUGUCCUUCCCUUUCACCACUCUUCAGGUGGAGGACCUAUCGACCCUGAGAUGAUAUCUCGCCGUCGAGAAUCGAUUGCUUCAGUGUUUCCCCCUACUUCUUCCAGAGGAUUUCCACCCCAAGGUCGCAGAAACAGUUCCUUCACUUCUCAAAGUGGAGGAGCCGGAGGAGGUGGCGAGCCCAACUUUUACUGUAAUCCUCACGAACAACAAGAAGAAGUCAUCGUGGGCUCGUUUAUAAAAACCAGUAUGACUUCGGAGCUGUACGGAGACGAGGAAGUCAUCGUCGAGGAGGAGCAAUUGGACAUUGAGAAUUAUGACAAUCAAACGCCCCAAAACGUGAAGAAUUUUGGAAAGUUCAAGUCAGAAUCGUCGUCCUCUUUCUUGGGUGGAAUUGAUUUCUGGAACAAUAAACCUACCGAGACAAUCAUCAACCUUUUUAGCUCUGCAACAACCAAUUUAAAAAACUCGAGCGAAAGAAAUGACAGGAGAUUUAGUUUCGGCUCCCAAUCGAAUCAUCGAGAAAGCGUUGCCACCAUUAACGAAGAAGAUGAGGAUUCCUCCAUCGGAGGUGGCGGAGGCGGCGGCAGUGCGGGAAAUGGAGGACUUCCGCAUGAACGCCAAAACACAUUUUGCGGGUUCUUUCGUAACAUCAUUAUGCAAAUCAUCCAUAGUUUAUUUCGUUCUUAAGUCUUCAAUCUAUAAAGAUGGAUGUAAAUUUCUGAGUAUUUUGACAAUUGUUCGGCUAGAGUUUUUCUGUCGUUGAUUAGUUGCAUGGAAGUAUAUUUAUGUAAAGUGGAAAACUGCGGUUGAUAUAUCAAAAUUUUGAAAGACUUUGACAUGAGUUAGUCUAUCUGGUUGACUGCGUACUUAUUAUUCUAUAAAUAACACACAUAUAAAUUGUUUUUCAAAAUAUUGGGCGACCGACAACUGAUAAACCCUCAAAUAUUUGUAAAAUAUAAUUUCAUCAAACUUUUUUUUGUGAAAGUUUUCCAACGUAGAUAGAAAGGACUUUGGAUGAUUCCCUGUGUGUGUAAAAGUUGGGAUGAAAAUCCUGACUUCUUUCUUUGUGAAAGUUUUGUGUAGGCAGAAGACGGAGUAGAAUACUUAUAAGGUACGACUGUCUUCUUCCCCAAGUCAAAAGGUAUCUGAAUCUGAUCUGAGGAAAUUGUGUGAUGAACAUUGUGGUAGAAAAGUUGUGCAAAGAAGGAAUAGUUGGAUUGAAUUCAUGAGAUUAAUAAGAUAUUUAAUAUGUAAAUUAUGCUGAUAUCCAUAUAUUUAUUAGUCUAUGGUACAGGAUUUCUGUACAAGUUUUACUCAUUAUUACAAGUAUGAAAGUAUUUUUCUGAGAAAAAUGUGUAGUGAGAAGGGCAUGCGAGAUAACAUAAUAUUUAUUCAAUCCGUUCUUUACCAAUCUCUAUACUUACGUGCUACUAAAUAUAUAUCAUUACUUCCACACACAUAUUCUAUUCACCACGUUCUGAAUAAAGCAAUCUAUUUAGCAACCUAUAAAUACAUAGUGAAUAAUAUUUAUCUAACCCGGUGCAAAUAUAUUUGUGUAACAUUAAUCUUAUCCCGAAAAACGAAUAUAUUGUGCAUGUAACUUUUACUCUCAAGUUUAAACCUUUGAUUCUGAAAUAAAUUGGAGUAUUAUGGAUGUGAAUAAAUACCAG